AUGUGCCCACACAUCGUCGCACUGGAAGGCGUAGUCAGAGGUGUCUCCGAGGCCGUGGGCGCCCCAGACUCUCUAGAGACGACAGAAGGUGCUCGUGACGCCCGAGAGACCCGCGAAGCCGCUCGUGACGGCGCUCGAGACGAGGGCGUGUCGAUCGUUUGCGUUGCACGCCUUGUGGUUGUCUCUGAGGUCGUCGCAAGCACACUGCUUGAGGGCGCCUUGGGCGUGGCAAGCACUGACGGUGCACCACGGACGCGUGGCUCAGAUUCAGGCGUCCUAAGCCCUGAGGAGACACUGGCAGAGCUUGCCGAGCUCUCUGAGCGCUGUAGCGGAAGGGGACACCGCACCGCGACUGGCGCCUCCGUCGGAGUUGCCGGCCUCGUGGAAGUUGCGCUGGAAAUCGACUUCAACGACGUGGAUAGCAUGCUAAUCACGCUUGCAGGGCGGCUUAAGCGCACGUCCGAGCCCGUCGAUGCCCGGAGCACAGGAGAGGCUGGUAAAGAUUGGGUCUCCGACGAGAUGCGACGACGGUCGGCUUUGGAGGAUGUUCCGCUGCCAUAUGCUGUCAACAAGUUGUACAGCAUCAUGAAACCUUACCUCUUUGUCUUCCCGGUAGAACGUCAGGUUGCACGGCACACAGCGUACGAGGCCUUGAGGAGCAGGUUCGGUGGACUCAGAGAGGCAGCACCACCGUUAUCUCGUGAGGAGCAUCGUGUGCGCGACGAGGACCCUACAUGCGUAAGAGUGCAGCAAGUAUGCCGUCUCAUGUCACUCUAUGGCAAGAGAUGCAUGAAGGUCGACACAGAGCAUCACUUGAUCUGGAUUAAGCCUGAUGACGAUCAAGAGCUUGAGCCGGAGAAGACGAUAGCGAGCUAA